UCCAGAGCUCUGUCGGCUCUCUCACUCAAAGUAUUAGAGAGAGAGAGAGAGAGAGAGAGGGGCAACAAAUUCGAGGUCGAUGAUUUAUCUAAGUUAGUGGGUUACGGGAGUUGCUCCGUCGAUUUCUCUCCUCCGACCAAAUGAAGAAAGAUCAGUGGAAGGAGGACGAAAUCUCGGAGGAUUACUGCUUCAUUUGCAAAGACGGAGGCCUUCUUCGCGUCUGCGAUUUUAAGAAGUGCCUUAAAGCUUACCAUCCAAAUUGUGUGGACAAAGAUGAGUCUUUUUUGGGGGAUGAUGAGUCCUGGACUUGCGGUUGGCAUUCAUGCAACUGUGGGGACAUCUCUUCUUUCCACUGUUUUUGCUGCCCAACCUCUUACUGCCAAUCAUGUGUUAAAUCUGCUGAGUUUGUACAAGUGAAAAAGAGUAAGGGGUUCUGCAUUAAUUGCUUAAGGUUGGCCAGAAUGAUAGAAGAAGAUGAAACUGUUGAUUCUGAUGGGGAAAAGGUGGAUUUCAGCAAUACAGAAACAUAUGAAUUUUUGUUCAAGGACUACUGGGAGAUAGUAAAGGACCAGGAAGGGCUUACCAUAGUGGAUGUUCAAGCAGCUGAUGCACUUUUGAAGAGAGGCGAGAAUCUUCAGAAUGAAUCAGACAAUGAUAAACCGUAUGACGAAGAAUCGAUGUCAGGACCAGAUGAUUUGGAGAAUUAUUGUGAUGAUGGAAAAUCACUUUUCAAAGGUUUAAAGGGGAAAAGAGGUAGGAAGAAGAGUCAAGUAAGGAAACCCAAAAAGGAAAGAGCUUUUAUUGGAUGGGCUUCAGUGGAACUAAAUAAAUUUCUUACUUCUAUCGGCAAAAAUGCUACUAAACCCCUUAACCAAAUUGAUGUUACUGAAAUCAUAAAGGAUUAUGCCCAAUCGAAAAAUCUUUUUCCCCCAAACAAGAAGAGAAGAAACCUUGUGAUUCCAGACGAGAAUUUGCACAGUCUCUUUAGGAAAAAAAAGCUGAAAUAUCAUAAAAUCUUUGAUUUGGUAAAGAGCCAUCUUGCAGAAGAACAAUCUGAUGCGAGUGAUGAAUUUUCUUUGAGCUCACAGGAGGAUGGAGGAACAACUUUUGCUAAGAAGCGUCGGUGCACCAAUUCAGAUUAUAAAACCCCCAGAUUAGAAAUAAAUCAUUGCAGGAAAAAGGAUCUGGAACCAUCAAGAAGCUGUUAUGCUGCUAUUGUAGUAGAUAAUAUCAAACUUGCAUAUCUGAAAAGGUCUCUUAUGCUUGAACUCCUACAGAAUCCUGAGACAUUUGAAGUUAAGGUUGUGGGGUGCUUUGUUAGGGUUAAAAACGACCCUAAGGACUUCUACUUCAUGGUGCAAAAGACGUAUCAGCUGGGACAAGUGACAGGUAUAAAAAAGACUGAACAGACGUACAAGAUAGGAGAAACUAGCACAGAUAUUGUUCUAUGCAUCUCCAAUUUUUCCAAAGAUGUCAAGAUAUCCUUGUUAUCGGACGAUAACAUUGAGGAGGAGGACUGCGAAGAUCUCCGCCAAUUAGUGAAGAAAGGCCUUUUUAAACGGCCGACUAUAGUAGAGCUUGAGAAAAAAGUGAAAAGCAUUCAUGAGGACAUAGUGAACCAUUGGAUCAGCAGAGAGAUUCUGAAGUUACAGAAGCAAAUAGAACGAGCAAAUGAGAAGGGGUGGCGCAGAGAGCUCCAUGAAUAUAUUGACAGAAGAGAGCUGCUCCGUACACCAGAGGAACGAACCCGACUAGUGAAGGAGAUUCCAGAAAUCAUUCCAGACACUGGUAAUGAUGUUGCCUAUGUCGAAGGUGCUGCAGAGGAACCUACAGGGAAUGUAGCCUCAUACAUUGAGAAUUCUUCGGAAGAAAAAUGUAGAGAUGUAAAGGGGAAUUCAUCUGUUGCUCUUGGGAAUGAUGGUCAAAGAGAGGCUGAAGAUGUAAAGGGGAAUUCUGCUGUCAUUCUUGAGAAUGAUGCUGAAAGAAAAGCUGAAGGUAUUGUUGAUUCCUCCAUGCAAAGGCCACUUAUCCUGGAAAGUGAAUUAAAGAGCAAAAUCACUGAAGACCCAGUUUCAGAUAUCAAGGGCGCUGAAAGGAAACAUCCAUGGGACUCAAAGACUUCAGAAAUUGAGAUCAUUGCUCUGGAUGAUGAUGACGAUGAAGAAAACAUGGAACAUGCCUUCAAAGGAAGCGAACUGACCUCAAAGGGUGCUACCAUAGAAAGCAAUGAUGCUCUAUGGCUUUAUAAAGAUCCUUCUGGUAAUAAACAGGGGCCUUUUACUUUGUCCUUGCUAAGGUCCUGGAGAGAGCGUGGCUAUUUUACUGAUACUUUCAAGAUUUGGAAGUCUGAUCAAUGUGAAGAAGAUGCCCUUUUGUUAACUGUUGUUCUUGCUUCAGCAAACUCUGGUUCCUAGUAGACUCUGUAUAAUUUCUGACUGAAGUGAAAUAGGGGGUCAUUUUUUGCGAUGUUAACUGAAAGAUAUCAACAUUUGUAUGUAAUAGCCAAAGCAAACCCAUGUACAUAUAGACACUGCCCCUGUUGCAGCGUUCAGAUAUUAUAAGGUUGAGCUGAUUUGAAACUUCUAUAAAAAUUUUCUCCUGUAUUUUAUGAUGAA